AUGUUAACACGUCAUACAAUUGAACAUAAACGAGCUAAUAAUCCAUAUCGAUGUACAAUUGAUGGUUGUUUGGAUUCAUAUGCAGAAAAACGAAAAUUAAUUUCACAUUUAAAUUACAAACAUACCGAAUUAUCAAAGAAAGAACGAGAAGUAAUGAUAAUGAAAGGUGAUGAAUUGCUCAAAAAAUUACGCAAUAUAUCAUUAAAUGAAUCAUCAAUGUAUUAUUCAAAAUUAUUACCUAUUAUUUCACCAACAAUUGAUAUAACACAACAAACAAUAAUACCAAUACAUUUUCCAUCAUUAAAUGAAGCAGAAACAAUUUCAAUCUCAGUUACUACAACAACUACAUCUGCAACAAAUAAUGAUCAAUCAAUAAAAUCAUUAUCAACUAAUAACGAUAAUGAUAAUGAUAAUGAUAAUGAUAAUGAUAAUGAUAUCAUAUCAACAAAUCAUAUUUUAAAAAAUAUAUUUGAUAAUGGAAAAGGAAAUGAAAUGUUGUUAAAAAGAAGCAAAUCAGGAAUGGUUCAUUUUGAUAAUGUUAAUAAUACACCAUGUAUUUCUAAUUCUACAGCAUUAAAAUAUUCUCAAGCUGAUAUGACACAUUCAUUAAUCAAUUUAUAG